CCCAUUCGCCGUCGACUCCUCCGAUCUCGCAACCAACACCAGCUCCGCUGCCCCCGAACAUCGCCGCAUCCCCGAACUUAAACCCUAACUCAUGUAAAACCCUAACCCUAGAUCAUGAAACCCCACGCCCGAGGCCUCGCUAGAGGAGAAUCGACAAGGGACGGGAGGUAGUAGGCAACUCUCUUUCUCUCUCUUUCCUCUCCCUCCCCCGCGCUUCCGCCAUUAAUGGCGUUAGAGGAGCAUCGAUGCGAUUGUGUAUUGAGUGCCCACUUCUCUGUGUUAGAUCAAUUGAAUUGGCAAAAGCUAUAAACAAUUGUAUGUGGGAUGUUAUUGCGAAGGCUCCCGAUGCUGUACACAUUCUGUAGAAAGAAACCGGUACCGCACAUACAUUUGAAAUCCUUAGCACCUUUCGGUUCUCAACAAAGAGUUGUUUCCAGAGAGAAAACAGAAGAUCUCGAGGUUCAAGACGAAGAGGAGGAAUUCCCAUUUUCGGAUGUUCCGAGGCCUGGGAAGAGAUGGGAGAGGAAGCCAUACCCAACUCCCAUGAAGGUGCUGAUACAGAGGGCGAAGGAAGAGAAACGGAAAAGACAAGAGAACCCGUGUCGGGUCCUCGAACACCCUCCUGAAAAUGGCCUAUUAGUACCUGAACUCGAAGAGGUUGCCCACCAAGUCUAUAAUGCUAGAGAGUUGCUUCUUCAUGGACUUUCCAAACUGGUUAAUGGUGAUUCCGCCAUCCCCGUCAAAAGAUGUCAGUUCUGCUCAGAAGUGCACAUUGGUCACCUUGACCAUCAGAUAAGGUCUUGCGAAGGCCCCAAAUGUGGUUCCAGGAGCUCCACCCAUGUGUGGAGGAGAGGCGGAAUAAGAGAUGUUGUUGGUUUCCCAUAUUGCUACCACCUCUAUGAUAGAGUUGGGAAACCGAGAGUUGUGCACAAGGAAAGAUGUGGAGUUCCAAGGCUUCAGGCUAUUGUAGAAUUAUGUAUUCAAGCAGGUGUGGAUCUUGAGAACUAUCCGGCAAAAAGAAGAACUAAGCCUGUAUAUUCGAUUGAAGGGAGGAUUGUAGACUUCGAGCAGGAAGCUGAAGAAGAUUCAGCGGCAAAAACAAGUGUCAAACCAGUGAGUUUGUCCACUGAAGUUAUCUCCAAACUUAAUACAUUUGAAGAGGACAUGGAUAUGGGUGAACUUGGGUCAAGAACGCUGAAGUCCUGGUUGGACAUGCGGUCAGGAGCUGCGAAGCUUAUGAAGACAUAUAGCGUGAUAACAUGCGGUUAUUGCCCUGAAGUCCAAGUGGGCCCUAAAGGACACAAGGUUAGAAUGUGCAAAGCUGCAAGGCACCAAUUCCGAGAUGGUUUGCAUGCAUGGCAAGAAGCAACUAUUGAUGACUUGAUAAGGCCUAAUUACGUGUGGCAUGUGCGUGACCCCAAUGGCCCUCCUCUUUAUAAUGAGCUUAAGAGGUACUAUGGUAAGGCUCCAGCUAUUGUGGAGCUCUGUGUUCAGGCUGGUGCUCCGGUUCCAAUCGAGUAUAGGAGUAUGAUGAGAUUAGACGUAGUACCUCCCGCUCGUGAUGAAUAUGAUCUCGUAGCCUGAGUAUUAUUGUAUCUGAAGUACCUCACCCUUAUAAACUCCUGAAAAUCUGUUUAUGCUGCAAGGAUAUUCACGUUGUUUCACCAUAGUUUUCUAUUUGGAAGAUUCCCACCGGGGUAUAAUGAUGAUUUGUGGGGCGUAGUCACUGUACAUCUCGGAGGCCUUACAUCAUGUAUAUUUACGUGCACGAAUUUCAGCGUCAGUUGGUGAAAUCAGACAGACUAAUUCCUUCAAAGAAGUGAAGAGUACUCCAUGGAAAAGCCAGAGCCUUGAAUUCACAUUGUCGCUGAACACAUUGAAACCCUUGAAGAAACCGAGUCGGAUAGCAAAGAGUUCACUCUCAGGUUGGGCACACUAUAUCAACCAAUUUCGUUUCGUAUAUUGCUGAUGCCAUUAUUCAAGGUCUUCCUUGUGCAGGCGCAAAUGCAGUUAUCUGUCUCGAGGCAUAUUCGGACACAUGUGACUACAAAAGAAUCUUUGAUCAUUCAAACUCGUGUAUUUGCUCUGAAGGACACAUGUGACUGCUCACAGAGGCAAUAACUGUAAAUGCACCAGAACAAUUGGAAAAUAUUCAAGUAACUUGAAGGACACAUGUGACUCAUUCUUAGUUGGAGGUACAAUACAAUUCUCAAGGUUAGUUUCAAAGUUAUCUGCUAUAUUUACAUUUACAUUUACAUCUACAUCACACAACCGAUGCUGCACGCCAGUAGUAACAUUACUUGUGAUAUCUCUUAUAUCAAAUCAAGAGUAUUUUGGAAAUUUAACGGGGAAAAAUUCCAGUGCUAGGGAUUUCUAAUUUUGUGCUGUGCUUUCAUUCAUUCAUUCAUUCAUUCGUCGGUGAUAUGAGUUGUAUGUAGAUGGUGUAGACUUUGCAGGGAGCACCUAUCCCCCGAGACAAGCCUCUAAGCUAAUGCCUUAGAGAGGGCAUUGAUGGGAGGGUUUCGACUGUUGAGGAGUCAUCGUUUUAGUGAUCGACAAGGAACAAGGACAAUGGAUGACAUGCUAACAAUUAUUUCCGUCCUUGUUAGAUUGUCGACUAGUCUUUUUCGCGUCUUUAUUUAUCAGUCAAUUGGCGGCAUGCCAUUAGCCUGUGAGAUCGCCUUUUGAGAGUUUCUUAUGUGUCAUGCACUAGGGCUUUAAAGCAGAAGAAAUGAUUACGCCAUUUUCGAGCCUUUUGUUGGGGUGAUGCUGGAGUGGAGCUGAGUUUCAAUAGUUCUCUUGGCCGAAAAUCUCAGUAGUUCUUUUGGCCGAAAAUCUCUUAACAGCUUCAUAUCAGAAGCAGAAACUUCUAGUAGCAGAACUCGCUUAUUUGUUAUUGGCUUGUGAUUUUUUCCGGUUUCUCGUAAUUUCCUUCAUAUUGAGUUAAUAGUUGUGUUUCUUUUGAGAGUUCUCUUUUUCAAGGGAAUCAGUUGAAUUGAGUUGAUUGACCCUUUAUGGUACAUCCACUGCUAUGUUUUAAAGGAAUAAUAUGUGGUGUGAUUCGGAAGCAACAUUACUACAUAAGAAAAGUUCCGAAAAAAGGCUUGGGGUGAUGCAAAUAAAGCUAAUGUGGAGAUGAGAGGACCCACUUAGCUUGGAAAGAUUUUUAUGGUGGUCAAUGCAGAAUCUUAAAGCAA